ACGACCUCUAAACAGCCAAUCAACAUGUCGAAUUUCAAAACCAUGACAUGUACUUGUGUUUCUUUGUUGUUCUUCUUUUGUUUAAUAAUACCUUGUUGUUUAGCCUACAAUGUGGUUAGUUUUGGGGCUAGGCGGGAUGGCAGAACAGACUCAACCUCCGCGUUUCUUCGCACUUGGUCUGCCGCCUGCCAUUCUACUAGCCAGUCCAACGUGUACGUUCCACGAGGGACGUAUUUGGUAAGGACGUUGAAUUUAAACGGUCCUUGCCGGAGACGAAUUGAUUUUCGAAUUGAUGGUAUUCUCGUUGCUCCGACAAAUUAUAAUGCAAUUGGUCAUUCUGAGUUCUGGAUUAUGUUUUAUAAGGUAAGUGGGCUUUCAGUGUAUGGAGGAACUAUUAACGCCAAGGGUCAUGGUUAUUGGUCUUGUCGAAAGGGUGGAAAGUCUUGCCCACAAGGAGCUAGGUCGAUACAAUUUAUGUGGUGUAACAAUGUACUGCUAAAGGGGUUGACAUCACUCCACAGUCAAAGAGUACAUGUAGGGAUUGGUUACAGCAGUAAUGUGAGAGUUGAGAAUGUGAACAUAACAGCACCAAGUGGAAGCCCAAACACUGAUGGAAUUCAUGUUCAGAACUCAAGGGGUGUUACCAUUUUAGGCAGCAUUAUCAAGACUGGAGAUGACUGCAUUUCCAUUGGCCCUGGCUCCAUGAACAUGUGGGUUGAACGAAUUGGAUGUGGACCUGGACACGGCAUCAGCAUAGGAAGUUUAGGAAGUAGUUACAAUGAAGCAGGAGUAGCGAAUAUAACAGUAACAAAUUCGGUUUUCACAAAGACACAGAAUGGCGUUAGAGUAAAGUCAUGGGCAAGACCAAGUGGUGGCUAUGCUAGAAAUCUCAUGUUCUCAAAUCUUAUUAUGAGAAAUGUUGGGUACCCCAUACUCAUUGAUCAAAACUAUUGUCCUAAUAAUAAUUGCCCUCGUCAGAAUUCAGGAGUGAAGGUGAGUCAAGUCACAUUCAAGAAUGUGAAGGGAUCAUCAUCCACACAGGAAGCCAUAAAAUUAGAUUGCAGUUACACAAAUCCAUGCACUGGAAUCAGACUGCAAGACAUAAAACUUACUCACAAUGAUCGCUUAAGAAGGCCAGCACUAACGUACUGCAGAAAUGCAAGUGGAAGACGUGGUGGCACAGUCAUUCCCAGGAGUUGCUUCUAAAACAAUACAGAGCAUGAACUUAUUCUUGUAUAUAUACUUUUCUUUUUCAAGUUGAAUGUUCAAGUCCCCCCCCCCCCCCCGCACCGACCCACACACAGAGAUUGCUGGGUUGUGGCUCCGCCACUAUUAAGGAGUACCCAUCAUUGAUUGAUGUUAUUUAUGUCUUAAGAUAUAAUCUCUCUCUUCAUUGAAUAUUUACUCUAUUUAUGUGUCGUCGUGUUUGUAGUCUUCAAGAACAAUUACUACGUACUAAGUGUAAAAUGAAAAAAAUACUCCAUCCAUCCAUUUUUACUUGUUCUGUAUUGACUUGGCACAAUCCU